GAAACAGAGACACAGAGAUCAGGCGCUGACACAUUGGGCAACGUGGAUAAUUCGAUCGUUUUUUGCUUGUGGGAUAAUCCGUGGCUCUGCUUCAGGUGCCACCAGAGAGAGGGGAAAGAUGGCCCAUGCCUCAAACAAGGGCUAUGAUGGGAUGGAAUUGUUAGACCUGCUCUUUGAUCAGGCUGAUGGAAUCCUACGACAUGAGGAGCUUGGACGCCAUGGCAACCAAACCUGGCCAAUCACAGAACAUGGGAUGCUGGGCCCUGCAUGUGGUGGCGAGGACUUCCUGGACACCCUGCUGAGCGGCAGUGACUCCGUGUCAGUGUCGGGGUCCCCUCUGUGGGCCCCCUCUCCUAGCGACAGCGGGAUCAGCGAGGAUCCCCACUCAGAUCAGAUGGACAGCCCCCCACCCCCUGACAGCCCCCCCUUUGAACCUCGAUAUCUCCACCCUUCCCAGCGCCCCAUGGCUUCUCCGGAUACCGCAGAACCCGAUAUCUCCAUCGACUUGGAUGGUUGGGAGUCAAGCUUCUUCCCAGACCGUAGGUGUGAGAUGCAGGGCGCCCCACCAACCAUGGGAGUCCCACUCACUGUCAAAGACCUGCUGCUCUCUGGCACGAACGAGACGCCUCAGCAGACAUCACAGCAGUCCUUCCAGGAGCUGAUCCUCAAUGAGGACGAGAAGAAACUGCUGGCCAAAGAGGGAGUGAGUCUCCCCAGCCAGCUGCCUCUGACCAAGUACGAGGAGAGGAUUCUGAAGAAGAUUCGCAGAAAGAUCCGGAACAAGCAAUCUGCCCAGGAGAGCAGGAAGAAGAAAAAAGAGUAUAUUGACGGGCUGGAGGGCAGGAUGGCGGCCUGCAGUGCCCAGAACCAGGAGCUGCAGAGGAAGGUCAUCCAGCUGGAGAAAAACAACACGUCCCUGAUGGAGCAACUGCGUAGACUGCAAGCACUGCUUAUGAAUGGGUCCAAUAAAACAGCACAGACUGGGACCUGCAUUCUGGUACUGCUGCUGUCCUUCUCCCUCAUCCUCUUCCCCAGCCUGCAACCUUUCUCUCACGGCAAGGUCAGCGCGGCGGAGGACUUCAGCGCAGUCAGGGUCCAGUCACGGUCCCUGCGCUCGGUGGUAGAGGGGCAGAGGACGCUCCCUGGGUUCUCGAUGGACAAGGGGGUGGAGACCAUCGCGUCCCUGCUGGCGAAGCUGCAGCUGAAGCAGGACGUCUCCGACGGGGUGCCCAUCCCUCACAAUCUCAACCACAGCGUAGAAGAGGGAAGCCAUCGCCAUGGCGACCCAAUCACUGGCCACAUCGCCACCGUGACUUGGACCACGCGCAGCGACUCCCGGCUCCGCCCCCAUGCCGACGAUAUGUGAAGACUGCGGUGAGCCGGGACCGGGCGGUCGAUUAAGUGGACUUCUGCUGUCGUCAUUAUUGAAUGUGCUCCUCGCUGUGCCCAAGAGAUUUGAGAGGACCAUCACUGCGUUUGUUUUAUUGAUGUGGUUUUCUUUUACUAUAGUGUGGUAUUUUGUUUUUGAUAUGCUGUAUUAGAUCCACCAAGAUUUGAGCCUAGGUUUUAUGCGCCUGAGAGAAGCUCGUUGCGCAAAUCUCAAACCGGACUGGAGUAUCGGAGUUAAUUUUCCAUAAACACGUUCUUUCGCUCACCGCUUAUCACAUACACCCUAAUGAAUAGAUGAGGCAAGGUCAGUAGACACUGGGAAACACAACACCACAAACACCAAUGUCCUUGCACAACGAAAUGAAUAAAUGUUUAUCCCCCAUACCGGGAACACACCUGCCUCAGAAAAAUAAACGGAGGUGGAGGUGAGGUGGAUUAUACGUGAAUGCUGAUAAUAAGAGACAGAAGGUGAGUCUAUUCAGAUAGUAAAGGUGCAAUAAUGCUAUUUGAAUGCA